GCGAUAAUUGUGGUGAAGGCCGUCGUAUUGUGUGUGAAAUAAAUAAUUAUAAUAUUUAUAAUAAUGAACGAUAAAGUUUGCAGCGUUUGCAGCGAUCGGGCCGUCGGUUAUAAUUUUGGUGCCCUAACGUGUGAGUCGUGUCGAUCAUUCUUCCGUAGAAAUGCAACGCGUGUUGAGGAAUUUGGCUGUUUUUUCGGUGACAAUUGCGAUGUAAACCGUUUGACACGAAAAUUCUGUAAAAAAUGCAGAAUUGAUAAAUGUUUGUCGAUUGGUAUGAAAAGAGAAGCGCUCACUUAUGGAGAAGAUGGCGAAACUCCACGACAUCGACGAAAACGAGUGAAAAUCACAGAACCGGUCGACUCGACCACAACUGAGUUAAUGCCAUACAAGAGGAAACCCGAUCUCAUGAGUCAAAUACCAUCAGUGAUCAGAGGAUUGAUAUUUGACUUAAACGAGUUAGAAUUGGGACGUUUUAAACAGCUGUUCAGCUCUAUGGAGACGGUUAAGGACCCGCUCGUGAAGUGCACGUCGCGGGCCAUCGAGUUUGCGGAGGUUUUCUGCAUUUUACAGGUCAGGAAUGAAACCAAAUUCAAACGAAUCGUCAAAAUGUCCACAAAUAUCGAUGCAUUCAAUGAACUGUGCGAUGAGGACAAGAUUGUACUGUUGAAGACAGGGGUCACAGAGAUUAUGACACUAAUGACUGUUUUGAAUUUUGACUACGAGGGCGAAUUCUGGACGGUUCCCAUUGAUGAUGAAAAUGCGGCUCAAAUCCCGUUGGAUGUGUUAAAGUGGGCCAAAUGGGGUCUCUAUGACGCCCACCGCAAAUUCAUGAGAAACCUUAAACAGGAAUUCGAUACCGAUAUUAAUUUGAUUGAUAUUUUGACAGCAAUACUGCUCUUUAAUGCAAGUUUGCAAAACCUUAUGUUUAAAGAUAGUGUUAAAUUUCAACAGCAGACAUAUAUUUAUUUACUUCAACGUAAAUACUCAAACAUAACGCACAAAAUAGGCCAUAAUUUCGGGGCCCUAACGUGUGAAUCGUGUAGGUCAUUUUUUCGCCGCAAUGCCACACGGGCUCAGGAAUAUGUCUGCUUUUUUGGUGGCAAAUGUGAGAUAAAUCGUUUGACGCGAAAAUUUUGUAAAAAGUGCCGAAUAUAUCAAUGCUUUGCCGUUGGUAUGAAAAAAGAUUCGUUGACUUAUGGAGAAUACGCUGAAUAUCACAGUCGGCGACGAAAGCGAGUGAAAACCACUGAACCCGUUGUCUCGACUAACAAUGAAUUGCUGCCAUUCGAGGCAAACACUGAUUUAUUCCGACAAAUACCAUAUGCCAUCAGAGGGCUUAUAUUUGAAUUGAACGAGGUGGAAUUUGGCAAAUUUAAGGCACUGUUUAGCACUUUGGAAAUACUAAAAGAUCCGGCCGUAAAGUGCACCGUAAAGGUUAACGCAAUGGCAGAUAUUUUCAGUAUUUUAGAGGUGAGAAAUGAACGCAAAUAUCAACAAAUCGUGAAAAUGUGCACAAAUUUCAACGAAUUCAGCGAUUUGUGCGAAGACGACAAGAUCUCACUCUUGAAGAGUAACGUUACGGAGAUUUUCUUUUUGCUGACUGUUAUGUACUUUGAUUUUGAGGACGAAUUCUGGACUAUU